AUGCGCUCAUUCUUCCUGCUACUAGCUAUUGCUGUCAUGAUCAACGCCGACGGCUAUGGAGCUCCACAGGCUCGCGGUUCCAUCGCUCCGGCUCCAGCUCCUUAUGGUGCACCAUACUCUUCGAAUCAGGUCGUCGCGAUGCCGCAAGUUGUACAGCAGUACCAACCAUACACUGGGCUCUCUCAUCAGCCUAUUCCCAUGGGAAUACAGCAAGUCGGCAUUCCGAUGGGUUACAGCAUGUACUCGAAUGCACCUCAGCAGCUGAAUCAGAAUCCAUACCAACUGUAUGAACGGAAUUCACAGGUUCCUAACUCCCUCUACGUGAACUACCCCCAACAAGGAGUGAACUACCCCCAACAAGGACUCCAAUUUGUUCAACAUCAUCAGCAGCAAGUGGCAGCUUCACCACAAACAAGCACAGUGUUGGCUUCUCCACCAACGGCGUCUUCACCACCACCAAGUGCCGUGGUGGCAGCUGUUCCACCAACAGCAGGCACUGCUUUCCUUUCCUCAUCAGGCACGACACUAACUUCUGCAGUCGGUUUGACGCCUGCUGCUCCGGUUGACCCAUGGGCAUCACUAAGUGCCGCCGUGGUACCAAAGAAAAUUGAGACUAGAAAGAAGAAGAACAGCGAAGGAUUGUAA